GUAACAGUAAGAUCAACGUUAGAAGAGACGCCAACAUCAGAAUUUCACAGUGAAAUGAAGAUGACUGCAGAGACCACAGCAACUGCGAUUGAAGAACCUCGUCUUUCUCCUGCCCCCGUAGAGGUGGGAAAGAGUCAGGAGGAGAAUGAUGUAGCUAAAGAAGACAUGGAACAGAGCGUGGAAACCACGAGCGCACCUGUGACACGCAGCAGAGAGUCGGCAAGGACAGAGAGUGUCCCCAUCACUGGAGGAUAUGACCUUUCCACAGGCGUUGGUGAUAGGGGUCGUGAUGUUGUCAACCACCCCGUGCUUUCAUCCAUGGACGAAGUGUUGGGCCUUUAUGAAAAUGUAUCCAGCACUGUGCUGGUCACCAUGACACAGCCACUGGACGAGCCAAUCACAGAAGCUCAGCCUGGCGAAGGCACAGACAGGGCCGAGCAUGGGGAAGAUCUGACAUCAAAAAACCCUGAAAUCCCAGCUUCUCGUGCUACAACAGAUAGCGUGGUCUCCGCCGUCCUCACCACUGCCCAUGGACAGGAAGAUAAGGACGACACCAGGCAGGAGGACAAGGAGCGACAUCCUCAAAGCAGCAUCCCUAUCCCGAUACAUUAUGACAGGGGAGAUCCGGCCGGGAUAGACCAUCCCUGUGAACAUGCAGCUCCGUCUUCAAGGGCCGUGACCAGCGGUGUUUUGACCGCGGAGAGCCAGAGCAGGGAGAUGGCGGUGGUGUUUAGUUUGCGGGUCGCUCAUUUGAUGCUUGCUAACGACCUGCUGAACAAAAGCUCCCCUGAUUACAGAUUGCUGGAAAACGUCUUUCUUCAAGUGAUGCAGAUUUCAGAUUCUCACGACGGGCCAAACUCUGGCUCCUCCGAUAAAUCUGAGCCUGGGAGACAGAGGAUUGCCGCAUCCAUCCCGUUGCUUCCAUAUCUGCGGUCCAGUGUGACUGGAUUUAAGGAGCUUGAGAUUCUCAGCUUCAGGAACGGAAGUGUGAUCUUCAGUAGGGAAAUGAAGACGUCUGGGCUGCAUAAUGUCACAGAAGCUGUCCACUGUGUCGUCGCAAACUUCUGCGGUGGUGCGCCCAAACGCCUCGACGUUGAGGUCGAGCACAAGCCCCCGCGUGUCGAGUCUGCGGAGGUGAUGGACCCUUGCAGGUUCCUGGCUUGCGGCGAGUUCUCACAGUGUGCGGUUAACGCACUGACCCGCGAGGCCGAGUGCGUCUGCGAGCCUGGCUAUGGUGCUCCGGACGGGCCUCCCUGUCGGAGCCUCUGCAGCCUCCAGCCGGACUACUGCCUCAACGGGGGGCAGUGCCACAUCGUCCCAGGGGGAGGCGCUGCCUGCAGACACAAAAAUGGGCCUUUUGCAUUCGCUGUGAAGUUAAACCCGCUUUUUGAAAGUGAUGAUGGUACCUUGACACGCGUGUCCAGCUUGACUCACACCCCAAGCACCGAUCCUGGCUUCGCCGGACUCUCUGAGCAGGACACGUUGAGUUCAGUCGAUGGCACGCAGCUCACUAUCGAGAUCUCACGGCCACUACAUGGCACAAGACCAGACAAGUUAGAUUCAGAAAUGGUCGAUUUCCGCCAGUGUUUCCCUUCUGAGGACACAACAGAUGUUUGAAACGUGUCCACUUGCUUUUUCUCCUGUCUGCCGGAAUAUUCACGGCUCCAGGGGAGCGCAAGUCAGUCUCAGAUUAUGGGAAAAGCAAGUAAAGAAUGAACAGUCGCUAAUUAGGUAUUUAAUGACUACAGUAAUAAGCAAGCCAUUAUAACCUAUAGAAAUACUUUGUAUAUUGUGUUCUGAUAUUUUCUUGAUAUUUUCCACCUAGUUAUGAAAAUUCUUGCAUCCAGAAUUAGAGAAUGUUAAAAAGCUGCCAAUUCCCAAGGACAAUGCUAACUUUUAAGGAAAUCGAAUAUCACUGCAAACUGAAUUGUGCCAGACCAUAUACAGGCUUUAAAGGCAGCGUUUCUUUCUUAACACAUUUUUUCCAGGAAACGGUACAUAUUGUCACUGUUCUGUGUAGCACUCGGUGUUUGUACAAGUUGCUUCCUAUACCUCAGGUGGAAAUGCAAAAAAAAAUAAAUAAAAAUAACUAUAUACAGAAUGUCUGAUUCAUGUAGGACAGUUAUUCGAAAAGGAAUUAAACCGGAGACACUGAAUUACCGUUAAUACUAAGUUUUUAUGUCACAAAAUAAAUAGCUAUAUCUUU